GCCCCGCACGGACAUGGCGGUUAUGUUCAGUGGGGUGACUGUAAUUCUCGGUUUUCGGUUGUAGCUGGCCGGUGCUCAUUUCUCUGCAGAGAGCUCCGAGCGCGGGGAAAGGAAGGGUGGGCGCGGAAGUGAAAGGUGAGGGGACUGUAGGCCUCGGGCCCGCUCGUGGCGGCAGGAAGAUGGCUGAGGGCGAGCGGCAGUCGCCACCAGGUUCUUCGGAGGAUACCCCUGCAGCCACUCAGAACUUUAUCAUUCCAAAAAAGGAGAUUCACACUGUUCCGGACAUGGGCAAAUGGAAGCGUUCUCAGGCAAAAUUUGCCAGUCCUGCACUUUUGGGGAAGUGUUGGUCACAUUCUCUUCUGAUGUGCAUGGUGACAAAUACCUGACAGAAGUCUUUCACUCACUCAUCGUUGAAAUGCAUGGAUCUCCUGUGGCCAGACAGGCAUACGCUGACUACAUCGGAUUCAUUCUUACCCUCAAUGAAGGUGUGAAGGGGAAGAAGCUGACCUUCGAGUACAAAGUCUCUGAGGCCAUUGAGAAACUGGUCGCUCUUCUCAACACGCUGGACAGGUGGAUUGAUGAGACCCCUCCUAUGGACCAACCCUCUCGAUUUGGGAACAAGGCCUAUAGGACCUGGUAUGCCAAACUUGAUGAGGAAGCAGAAAACUUGGUGGCCACAGUGGUCCCCACCCAUCUGGCAGCUGCUGUGCCUGAGGUGGCGGUUUACCUAAAGGAGUCAGUGGGGAACUCCACGCGCAUCGACUAUGGCACAGGACAUGAAGCAGCCUUUGCUGCUUUUCUCUGCUGUCUCUGCAAGAUUGGGGUUCUCCGGGUGGACGACCAAAUAGCUAUUGUCUUUAAGGUAUUCAAUCGGUACCUUGAGGUGAUGCGGAAACUCCAGAAAACAUACAGGAUGGAGCCAGCAGGCAGCCAGGGUGUGUGGGGCCUGGAUGACUUCCAGUUUCUGCCCUUCAUCUGGGGCAGUUCCCAGCUGAUAGAUCACCCGUAUCUGGAGCCCAGGCAUUUUGUCGAUGAGAAGGCCGUGAAUGAGAACCACAAGGACUACAUGUUCCUGGAGUGUAUCCUGUUUAUCACCGAGAUGAAGACGGGCCCCUUUGCAGAGCACUCCAACCAGCUGUGGAACAUCAGUGCUGUCCCCACCUGGUCUAAAGUGAACCAGGGUCUCAUCCGCAUGUAUAAGGCUGAGUGCCUGGAGAAGUUCCCCGUGAUCCAGCACUUCAAGUUCGGGAGCCUGCUGCCCAUCCAUCCUGUGUCGCUGUGCUAGGAGGAGCUGAGCAGCCAGAGCCGCCCAGCUGCAGCUCCUGGGUCUGCCCUUCCUGCCCCCAGCUAUGGCCCCCUCCUGCCCCCUCCCUCUGUUCUUUUUGUUUGAUGAGAGGCUGUUUACUGGGGUGGGUGGUGAGCUCGGGGUCAAGGAAGGCUCAGGGCAUAAGGCUGAAGGGCCCAAGUUGGGAGCAGUGACCAAAGUGUGGCCAGUUUCCUGACUUUUCCACCAAGGUGGGUGGGCAAGUGAGAAGGGUGGGACAGGGUCCCUGGGCCCCACCCCACCUCUCCUCCCUCUUCCAGCCCUGUUCUGAGACCCAGGCUGUUCUGUGCCACUGUAGGGAAGGGAGGUACUUGGCUGAUUUUGUUGCUUUCUGGGGUUGGAGCAGUUGCUCUCCACAGGUGGGUCAUUUCCCAAGCCACAUUUGGGUGGGUGUCUGGGUAUUCUGGGGGCUGGAGGCUGGUCAGCUUUGAGUGGGGGGGGCAGGGGGGGCAGGGAGAAGCGUUGGCUGUUCUGACCAGUGACCCUCGCAGCUUCUCCUCAAGGCUGUCGCUGGGCCUUUAAGAGUACCUGUGUUCAGUGCCUCAUCCUGGCUUUCUGUUCUCUGGCCCUUCGCUCUGCUGGAUUUUCUGCCAUAGCCAUACCUGUCCUCCUGAGAGCAGCCUCUGGAAGCUGCCCUUUGGGUAGUGCUGGGCUCCUGGGAGGGGCCCACAGGGCUUGCACAGGGCUCAUUAGGUGAGGCCUGCCUUUCCAAAGCUUUCUCUGGCAGGGAGGAGGUGGCAGGGACUGGGGAGGGGCUUGGGCCAGUCAUGGUUGGGGACAACCUGGAUUCCUCUCCGUACAUUCUUACGGCCACUUCUGUUUCCUCCUCACUGCUGCUUGCUUUGCCAAGGCCCUGGGCCCUGCGUCCUGCCCCUAUGGGCAGUGGGUGGGUGGGCUGCAGAAGGGCUCAGAAAGCCCACUCCCUUGUCCUCCCACCUCCCUGAAGUCACCUGUUGGCGUCCAGGACGAGGUAGUUAUGGUCCCCCAAACCUGGGAUUUGGCUCUGAGGAUGGGCAGGCCCACCCAAAGGGGAAGGGGAUCUUAGCAGCAGCAUGUAAGUUCCAGAGUUUUCUUCUAGGGCUGCUCUUGGGCCCGAUUCUUGCAGACUCUUCCCUGCCCAAGCCCAGGCCUGUCCUACUCUACUUGUCCCUCCUUGUUUCUGGGUCCACAUACCCUUUGGGAAGGGGGGGGAGCACCUGAGAAGCACAAUUCAGGGGUUUGACCCUUGGAUCUGGGCUGACGGCCUGGGCAGAGGCUGGGACAGAAGUCAGUAGAGUCACAGAAAUAAUUUUCCAAGGAGAGGCUCCAUCAGUGCCUCCCUCCCUCCCAGGGUCCAGACCACCGACUUCCUGGCUCCUCCUUCCUCUGCCCCUACGGGCCCCUCAGCCCCUUUGCGCCUUCAUUGCUGUUCAGAUUAAAGCCUCUGUUUUGCACCUGU